GAUUCAAAGUUCAGUUCAGUCAUUGCCGGCGUUUCGAACUGUUUGGACGUGUUAAGCGGACAAAGUUGAAACUGUUGGAUACAACUCAAUGUAACUGCGGCCCGGCCAGGAUCCUAGGAUCGUUCCGCUGCCCACACCGAGCAGGCCGUUGCUCGCUCGCUCGCCGCGCUCUGUGGCCAAAGAUAACGAGGUGGACGGCGACGACAGCGAGGGGAACGCAAAGCAAAGAGGAUAUAUUACAGGCAAAGGGAACUGUGCUUGGAGCAGGCAAAUAUAACAAGCAGUGGCAGCGCAGAGAAGCUCGAACAAAAGUCAACGAAAAUUAAUUGAAUAAUAUCUGCGACGGCAAGGAAAACGCAACGCAUGCACACGGCCAAAUAGAGGAUCCACACGCAGCUGAGCAAAAUGAGUUUAUUGGGGCUUCUAAACAGGGAGAAAGCGAUUAUUGCCGAGUAUGCUCUGGUGCUGCUUGUGGCGGCUGCAACUUGCCAACUGGCGGUGCCAUCCCAAGCCACAAGCGGCUUACGUGUGCCCACGUUCCUGCUGGAGCCCUCGCCUCGCCUGCUGUUUGGCAACGAUACGGGCGCACAGGUUAGCUGUACGGCGCAUGGGAACCCACCGCCCGUCGUAUCCUGGGUAAUGCGCGACGGCACGCUGGCAACCCAGGUGCCCGGACUGAGAAAAAUAUCUGGCAACGGCACAUUGCACUUCCCACCGUUUUUGGCGCAAUAUUAUCGCACGGAUGUGCACGAGGCCACCUACCGAUGCCGCGCCAGCAACGAGGCUGGCACCAUAUUGAGUCGCAAUGUGCAGGUGCAAGCAGUGGUUCGCCGAGUCUUCCAUGUGCACGUGGAAAACACUGAAGUCUAUUUGGGAAAUUCGGCGUUGAUUAAGUGUGCUAUACCGGAAUAUGUGCGGCCUUAUGUGCGCGUGGCCAGUUGGCAUCGAGGCGAGGAGAUACUGCUGCCGGAGCUGUCGGAUGUUGCUGGCCGGUACGUGGUGCUGGCCGCCUCCGGGGAUCUGUAUGUGCGGUCAGUGCGCUCAGAGGACGGCCUGGUGAAGCUCAGCUGCCUGGUUACCAACACAUUGAAUGGCGACCGACAGCGCAGCGAGCCGGUCAUGCUUCAGGUGAAAGAGCUCAGCAAGAAUUUGGCGCCAAGCACCAGCCAAAAACCAGUUAUGGAAAUCCAGGUGGAACGUGGCAACGAUGUGCAUCUGCCGUGCAACAUACAGGGCAAUCCUUUUCCCAUCUUCACCUGGUAUCGCGUUUCAGACUCGGCAGCGCUUUAUCCCAUACCAUCCUCUCAGCGCGUAAUAGUCUCGCGCACAUUGUUGCUUAUCAAAAAUGCUGACGAGCGGGACACAGGCAAAUGGAUUUGCCAGGCAUCGAAUCAGUUUGGCGAGCAGCGCAUCGAAAUUCGGCUCAGUGUAAAUACGUUCGUAUCUGUGCACAUACUACCGCAAGUACAAAUUGUCAAUUCGGGCGGAACGGCAAUUUUCAAUUGCACGACGACGGGCUCGGCGAUCGAUGGCAUCGACUGGCUGCACAAUGGCAAACCGCUGCAAGCGAAUAAUGCACUCAGCACCGGCCGGGAUAACAUACGCUUCCUAUCCAAGACUUCGCUGCUUGUCUCGAAUGUGGGCCGACGCGACCGCGGUGUCUAUCAAUGUCUCGUGGAGAACCAGCGUGCCAGCGCUCAGGCCAUGGCAGAGCUGAAGCUGGGCGACACUGUGCCCGAAUUGAUUUACACGUUCAUUGAGCAGAAUGUGCGUCCGGGGCCAUUAAUAUCGCUUAAGUGCUCAGCCAGCGGCUCGCCACCGCCCCAAUUUGCCUGGCUCCUGGACUCGCAGCCCAUUAUGGACAUAUCUCUGCAUCAUCGAUUCGCAAUUGGCCAAUUUGUCGAUGUAUCUGGCGAUGUGAUAAGUCAUUUAAAUAUUUCCCAUGUACGUCCCGACGACGGCGGCCUGUACAGGUGCGUGGCGACCAACACCAUGGGCAGUGUUGAGCACUCCGCCCGGCUGAAUGUUUACGGUCCUCCGUAUGUGCGAGCCAUAGGACCCAUUAAGGCCGUUGCUGGCGAGGACAUAAUUGUGCGCUGUCCGUUCGCCGGCUAUCCAAUUGACCAGAUUCGCUGGGAGAAGGCGCAUCAGGAAUUGACAACAAGCGCUCACUACACGCUCGCCUCGGUGCAGGAGGGCGGACAGCUUGUCAUCCGGAAUGUGGAGCCGGGACGGGAUCAGGGCAUCUACACGUGCAUCGUCAGGAGCCGGGCGGGCGAGGAGGCGCGCCGCGACAUGCAAUUGAAUGUGAACAGUCCGCCUGUCAUUGAGGCCUUCAAGUUUCCCAAGAACCUGCAGGAGGGCGGGCGCGCACAAAUCACCUGCGCGGUAUCCUCUGGCGACAUGCCCAUCUACUUUAGCUGGAGAAAGGACGACAGCGUCAUUCCGCUCAGCCUGCAGAUUACUGAGAAGAAGGAGGAGUUCUACUCACUGCUGGUGUUCAAGGAUAUCAGCGCCAGGCACAGCGGCAAAUACACCUGCUACGCCAGCAACGCGGCGGCCAAGGUGAACUACACGGCGGAACUGCAAGUGCGAGUGGCGCCGCGCUGGAGCUACGAGCCCAUGGACACGGCCAUUAUGCUGGGCAAUACAAUAUCGAUAAAUUGCGAGGCGGAAGGAUAUCCGAUUCCAGCAAUUACCUGGUUCAAAGGACAGGGAAAGGCAUCAAAAGACUUCAAGCCCCUAAACAUGCGCAACCACUCGCUGGUGCUUAAUCUGGCCACGGACAACGACGAGGGCUUCUACAUGUGCCAGGCCACCAACGAAAUUGGCGCCGGACUCAAGAAAAUAAUACGCAUCAAUGUGAAUGAGCCGGCGCGCUUCGAGCAGCCCGCCCGUAAUGUCAGCUCACGUCGCAAUGAUCCGGUUACAUUGGAUUGCCAUGCGAAGGGCGACGAGCCCAUCAGCAUUGCCUGGACCCACAACAAUGGCCGCAUCGACAUGAAUAACUUUCGCUUUAGCAUUGCGGAAAUGAAAACGGACAAAGGCGUCGACUCGCAGCUAACCAUCGCCCACUCGGAUCGCCAUGACUCCGGUGUAUAUCGCUGCAUCGCCGAGAAUCCCUAUGGCCGUGCCGAGCAAAUUGUCUUUCUAGCCGUGCAGGAGCGACCCGACACCCCCUCCAAUCUGGAGGUCUUCGAGGUCGGCUCGCGCACCGUCAAGCUCAGCUGGCGGCGACCCUUCGACGGCAACUCACCCGUGCUCAGCUACCUCGUGCAGUACCAGGCGCUCAAGUAUCUGCAGUCGCACUCAUCGCUCGGCGCCGCCGGCGGCGAUUGGAAUGGCGUCAAUGUCAUCAAUGUCACUCUGCCAUCGACGAGCAUUAGUCGCAGCUAUGACAGCGAUCUGCGCGAGAACGCCAUUGUGGCUGGCCUGUCUCCGGCGACGACAUUCCUCAUCCGCAUGCAGGCCAUUAAUGAGAUUGAGCGCAGCGCCUUUACGGAGGCCAUUGUGCUCAAAACGCAGGAGGAAGCGCCCACGGAGGCCCCAUCAAAUGUGCAGGUGCAAACGGGCGGCGAGAGUGAGCUGAUUAUUACCUGGCAGAUACCGCCACGGGAGUCGUGGAACGGCGAGCUGAUUGGCUACACCGUGAACUGCACGGAGGAAAAGCAAAACAUUAACUACAUCAGCGUGGUGAACAGCUCGCUCAAGUCGGUCAUUGUCAGUGGUUGGGCAACCACCAAGGCCACGCUGCGUGGCCUGCGCAAGUACACGCGCUAUGCAGUCACUGUGCGGGCUCUCAACAGCUUCGGAUCCGGCCCCUGGAGUGCGCCCAUCUUUGGCACCACAGCCGAGGGCGUACCUGAGGCCGCGCCGCAAAACGUGAACUGCUCUUCGCUAUCCUCGCAGAGCCUGAAGAUAUCGUGGAUGGAGCCGCCACUGCAAUUCCAUGGCGGCAUUAUACAAGGCUAUAAAAUUUUAUAUCGCCCCAUAGUGCAUCAGAUCGACUUCCCCGCCAAGCUGGAGAUAAAACGCACCUCGAACCUGGAAACGUAUCUGCAUACGCUGCUCAAGGCCACCAACUAUUCGAUACGGGCGCUGGCCUACACGGCCACCGGCGAUGGAAUGGCCAGUCAGCCGUUAUUUUGCCAAACGGAUGACGAUGUGCCCGACGCUCCGGCGGCCAUUAAAGCGGCUGCCUUGACAGCUGAUUCGAUUUUAAUUUCAUGGCUGCCGCCGAAGAAUCGCAACGGCAUCAUAUCGCAUUACACGGUAUAUGCGCGCGAGGCCGGUCGCAAGGGCCAGACCAAGACUCAUAUGGUGCGCGUUGAUGAGAACGGCUAUCCGGUGACAUUCGAGGCACGCAGCCUGGCCGAGAAUCAAAUGUACGAGUUCUGGGUAUCGGCGUCCACGUCCGUGGGCGAGGGCGAGCCCACAUCUGUUGUGGCGCAGGCGACCAAUACACGAGCGCCUGCACGCAUCGCCUCAUUUGGGCAGGUGGUGCGCAAGGCCAUUGGCACCAGGCUGGUGCUGGAGUGCCUCGCCGUGGGCAAUCCGACGCCGCGAGCGCGCUGGCUAACCCGUGAUCGCCCCGUCACAUUCAGCCCCUUCUACGAGGUGACCAACGAGGGCAAUCUGAGGAUACACCGAGUGGAAGGCAGCCUGUCCGGAAAUUAUACAUGCACGGCAAACAAUCUCUUUGGCAGUGACGAAAUCCAAUAUCAGGUGAUUGCCAUGAGGCCGCCCGGCGCACCACAAAUCAUCGUGCAGUAUGCUUCCGCUGACAGCAUACGUGUCAGCUGGGAUGCGCCCGACGACGGCGGCGCCCCGUUGCAGGGCUACACACUCUCAUAUCACACCGCCGGCGAUAGCUGGACCCAAACGGAGCUGCUGCCGGAGAACAACGCUUACACAAUGACGGGACUGAAGUGCGGAAAUCAGUACAUUAUAAAAAUGUCGGCUCACAAUUUGGUGGGCAAUGGCCCGGCCAGCGAGGAAAUUAAUGUCUGGACCAAGGGAAAAGCCUCGCAGGCGCCCAAUGGCAAUGAACUAAUUGCCACAAAUGCAACCUGUGUGAAUUUGAAGCUGUCAUCGUGGCACAACGGCGGCUGCACCAUUCAUCACUUCUCCAUCGAGCAUCGGCCACUCGGUGACGUACGCUGGACAGUUGUCACAUCGGAUAUCUCGAACGCGGAGGAGAACCGUGAAAAUUUAAUAUUCUGCGACUUUCUACCCGCCAAAUGGUACCAGCUGCGCAUCUCCGCCACCAACGAUGCGGCUAAAACGACGGAGCAUUAUCAUUUCAGCACCACGAACCUCGACGGCAGCACCAUACCGCCGCCAUCGGUGUUUCCCACAGAAAAUGAUUUGAUGAACAAUCUGAUAAAUGUGACAAAUCCGACCAGCGGUGAUUGGUUGGCAACGUUCAUUGUCGUUGUCAUAAUUACACUGUCCAUCAUGACGAUCGGACUGACCAUCAAGCAUCGUCGCACCCUCUGCGGUCCCAUCACCGAGGGCUACGAGUCCCGAGCGCUGCCCGGGGACUACAAGGAGGAGCACGAGAACCGGCGCAACCAGCAGGUGUACAGCGCCUCGCCGGUCAAGACGGUGGACAAGAGCAACGAUUCGGAAAUGUACGAGAUUUCGCCGUACGCCACAUUCAGCGUGAAUGGCGGACGAACUGGCGCCCCGGCCAAGACGCCCACACGCGGGCUGGCCGUCCAGACGCCGCACGACUACACCAUGCAGUUCAAGACGUUUGGGCACCCGGAGGGCGAGAGUCUUAAUGCCACGGCAUAUCCGCUGCUGCCCACUUCGGGCUUCGGGCAUGUCAAGGGCAAGUCCAGCUGGCACAAGCAGCGCUACUACAACACAGAUGAUGAGUCCACGUUGAGCAAGUCGAUGACCAUGGUCGCCGGCUCGCAGUCCGGUCAUUCGAAGAAGUCGAGUGGUGCACGCAGUGCCAAGACCGGCAACGCCGGCGUGGUGGCCGAGUCCGAGUCAGACACCAGCAUCAGCCCCAGCACCGAGUUCUCCAACAUGCCCACCUACCGAGUUCCUUGCAAGUCGUCGCGCAGCAGCGACGGGCGCGCCGUUGUAGAUAUGUUCCGGCCCGACUCCAGCACCGAGUCGAACAAUGACCAGGGCUCGCCGGCAGUGGAGCGGCGGCACAAUACGCCGCGGCACAUCGGACUGGCACUGGAGAAGCGCAGUGGCGGGGGACAGCGGAGCCGGAAGCAUGGCGUGCAGUCCGGCAACCAGACAUUGGAGCGACGAAAGUGCCCUGGUAGUAACAACAGCGCUGGCAGUGAGGUUGAGACAGCCGCCUCGUUGGCCGCCUCCAUAGCCGCGAUGACUGGCGGCGAUCUGUCCAGCGGCUUUCGUCCGCCGGCCGCCUUUCACGAUGCCCGCGAGUUCGGCGACCAGGCCGAGUGCGAGCGGGAGCAGCGCGCCCUGGACUUGGAGGUGCAGCGCGUAAUGGAGAACACCAGCGAAGCGCAGCUGGCGAAACUGGACCGCGAGGAGUUGACCUCACUGUUGGCAAGCGUCUACCAACCUUGAACUUGAACCUUGAAUCGCAAAAACUAACCAGCCUGCGACCCCUAGGUAUCACGAGAAAAAGGAGCAGGAGCGCCAAGAGUACGCGAUACACGUUUAAACAAUGUACCAAGAGCUAACUUGGCCAG